AUGGGCCAGGAUGAUCUGCAGGACAAAGCGACAUAUAGCCUAGAUGUUAUGGAUAUUCAAGGUCAUGAGGGAACAACACCUGCAAGGCAUGGGGACUUGCCUACCAGUCUUGACGCUCGAAAGGAUAAAACCAACUACACAACUACUACUAUUAGAAGUCCAAGUCUUUUCGAAAAAAAAAACUCUCCACAGGUGACUCUGACUGAGGCGGAGGUUGUAAUGGAAGUGGACAUUCCCGAUGUGUCUCUUGAAGACCUUGAGGUGAAGAGCGAUUCCGAAGCAGAAACGAUCGUCUUACCAGGCAAAGAUGGACACUCACCCUCGAAAAUUCGAAAGUUGAUCAAACAUGAAGAUAAGAGUGACGACGAAGAUAUUCGGAAGCCGUCCGAGUUGAGGAAACGGGAUACUUUUUCACUAGAUGCACCUUUUCAGAAAGAGAACCAUGGAAGGCGGAAGCGUCUAAGGCCUGGGGUGGCAGAGUUAUCUGGAAUAAGCAAGUCUCAUCUUAGCAAUGGGAAAGCAUCUAAUCUACAGGACAAAAGACAUUCGUCUCUUCCCAAAUUCCCUGCGCCAGAAUUGAGAAUUCACAAAUCGCCAUCGCCACCCGCCGCGAUUCAUGACAAGGCUAAAUCUGUUGAUGGAGCUUUUCCGCGGGAUGAACAGAAAACAUCGGAGUCUGGUGAUGACCACGUCGACCACGAAGAUCGGAAAGCGGAGCGACAUCGAAGUUCUGCCUUCAGUCGUAUGCAAAGUAAAGAAAACACUCCAACCUUAAUUAUCAAUGCAGAAAGUACUUCAAGAGUCACAAAGGAGGGAUCAGAGUCUCCCCACCAUCGCCGUUCCCACAAACGCAGUAACUCGACUCAAUUUCCGCCAAAGCCAACUCAUGCUUCAAGUCACAAAAAAGGGCGCAUUCCAAACCCUCUUCAAUUUUCCGAGUACCAAUCCGAUGACUCUUCUGCAAGCGGCCGUUCAUAUCCUCGCAGCUCUCGACCACGGCAGCGCACAAUCCAUACUGCUGGAGAGUCUACAAUGUCACCCGCCGCCUUCCAUCCACCUAGAAAACGGGUUGACGGUUCAGGCGCAACCACUUUAUUAAAUCUCGUCCGCAAGAAUAACAUCUCAGGAGUGACAGAUGAGUUGGGCAAACACCCUUCGGAUCUAAAUGUAGGAGACAAUGCAUUAAUCACACCACUUCAUGCCGCAAGUCUUGAAGGCUUUGUCAAAAUUGCUAGAAUGCUUUUGAUUAAAGGAUGUACAGUUGACAUGGUUAAUUUAGACGGUGACACACCACUUCAUGAUGCCAUCGAAAAUGGCCAUGUGGAAGUGGUGAAACUACUUCUGGAGCAUGGUGCCAACCCGCGCAAGGCGAAGAAGAUGGGGGGCGACGAGCCUAGUGAUCUAGCAGCAGCCUAUAACGGAGACGACAAAACGAGGGAAGAUUUGCAGCAACUCAUUGAAGAAGCAAAGAUCAAGAACGAUGCAUCUGGAAACACUCUUUUGGGCUACCAAACGACUGAAGAAAGUGCAGAUCACGAUUCUUACACGAAACAUAGUCCUCGCCACAGUCCUACCUCUGAAUAUCCAAGUGGUUCGAGCCGCAUGCGGGCACGAUCGAAUAAAACCACGGAUCAAGAUCUAUAUCGAGAUCUUAGUAAGGUGGAUAUGCUCCGUGAAGCAUGCCAGAAUGGCGAUCACAGCAAUGUUUCUAGAUGGUUGGAUGUCAAUCAGAGCCGGAAAGAUGCAAAAUCUCUUCUCAUAGCAGCAAAAGCGGGCGACAACUUUGCUGUCCAACUACUCCUUGGUAUCGGCAAUUUUGAUCGCGACCCAGAACCACUAAAGGGCGAAGAUCCCCGAUGGUCUACUCCAAUGCUUUGUGCGAUUGAUAAGGGACAUAUUGAUGUGAUCAACUGUUUGCUUUCAGGAGAUUUCGACCCGACCAAGCGAUGGCACAAUAAAACUUAUUAUGAAAUCGCUCAGGAGAGAGAAAGAGGCAGCCACAACUACGAAGUGGUGGUUGAGACACUCAAAGAAGCUUUCAGUGGUUACUCUAAACCAGUCAAAUCUUCACCCUCGAAAUCUCGUUCUCCUAAACUCCUUCGAGACACUGAUCGCGGCCGUGAUCAUAAACGGCCAUUAAGGGCUGCUCGUGAUCUCUCUUCAUCAUCGCGAAAGAGAAGUCCCUCGAAAACGACGGACAAGGGCACAGACUCGCAAAAAGGUCAGCACGGAAGCGGCUCUUCCCUUCGUCAAAGUCAUAACGCGCAGAAUCAAGCAAGACGGGGCCCAGGGCGUCCGAGAAAGGAGGAAAAUGAUGCAUCGCAUCCGACUUCAGACACGGAAAGCACUCCUCUAGGGCCUCCCAAGAGAAAAUUGCAAGCACCAAAGGUAACGGAACCCGAUGCUGCCGCAAUGUCGUCUGAAAACGAACCUACGAAACCACGACGUAAGCUCGUUUCUGGCAAGGAAUUAAAAGGAGAGCGGGAUAAACAAAGGCGCGGCAGUAUUACAUCGAAUGUUUCUACUACAUCUGUUACGGACCGACGCGGCGUAGAAGAGCUGAAGAAUACAGAUAGUAAGCACAAAAAUACAAGCAUUGCACGGCCAAGCGAACCUGCCGAUGAAGAACAGAUAUCAAAACAUUCAAGCGCCGAGGCGACUCCUGAUAAGGGCGAAAGGCAUGACAAAAUCAAAGGUACAAGGCGAGAUAAUUCUAAAGACAGGCUGGCGUCCAUCCGCAACGAUAAGAGUCCAAUAAAACGACAACGUCGAAGUACAACGCCACCUCGCACGGGUACUCAUGAUAUAAUGGCCGCCACGGAUGUUGAUGGUGCUCCGUCUAAGCGUCGGAAGUUAGAGGGGCCCUCGAAGCACGUAGCCACGGAAGAAAACUCAACAAACUCACAUAUUGAUCAUCCGGUGCCCAAUCUUGAUGUAUCAUCCUCUCAGGACAAGAUGUCACCAAAGGUUACGAAAGAGAAACCAUCGAAAAUCCCAACCAAGGGCACGGGAGAAUGUGAGACGAGUUCCAAUCACGAAAAUGAGGAAGCUCAAGCAGCCAAGACAAAUUCGGUCGAUCUGGAACGCAAGAAACAAGUAAAGUCGACUCGGGAAGCUCGUGAAGCGCAGAAAGCCGAGGAGGCUAAACAGCAGGCCAAAGAAGCUCAGGAGGCGGCGAGAGAAGCAGAGGACAAGAGAGCAAGGGAAAAAGAAACAAGGGAGGCUAGAGAAGCCCAAGAAGCAGAGGAGGCUCAGGAGAAGCUAGUCAUCGAAGAGGAAACUGCCAAGCGAGCGCAAGAGGAAGAGGAUCGAAAAGUACGACAAGCCCAGGAAGAGCGCGACAAGGCAGAACAAAGGCGACUAUAUGAUGAACAGAAAAGAAUAGACCGGGAAAAGCUGGAACAAAACCGGGCCGCUGCGCAAGAGCGAGAACGACUUGAGAAAGCGAGACAAGCGCGAGAAAAAGAAGCAGAACGAUUAUCGAAACUGCCGCAUCUACUUCGAGAGUUUGAUCAACUUCAGCAAGCUAAGACGCCCAGAAUUGCAUCUUUGUCCAAGUUCAGAACUAUAAAAGGAUAUCGAUAUGACACAAUCAGACCAAGAGCAACAGGCCAUCCCAAUGCUCGAGAGCAGUGGAUGCUCAACACUGACGUUGCGUUGCUGUUGGGAGAGAAAGACCUGGAGCUAUCAAGAUAUACGGCAUGGGAGCGUAUUCCACUAGAGAUGGAUCUCAAAGCAUCUAUAUGGCCCCUCGUACUCGCAAAAUAUUCCUUUGGUCUUCCUCUAGAUAUACUCCCACUUUCUGAACGAGGCUCAACCCAUCUCCCGGAAGAUAACGCCAAAUUAUUAUUCUUUGGACUCGAUCUUUUUUUCGUAAAAGUAUCUGAAUUCAUGUUCAUUGUACCUAGUUUUCCUCACCUACGAGGCCUUGAAAUGGCUGUCGAAUACCAGGAGCUUGUCCCCUUGGGCACCCCUCCGGUCAACAAGUAUGAACAAGAUUUAGACUAUGAUCCGAGCAAUCCGUUCUGGCCUGCCCCCCAAAGAUACAUUGAUGGGUCAUUAGUCAUACGUUCGAAUAUUGAAACCAAAACGAGUACAAAACCUUUCCCGGAAUCCAAAGCACCAAGACGAGAACUGUCUCGGCUGUUCCCUAACGAAAAAGAGUUAGUGGCCUUAGCCAGAUCACAAAGGCUUUACAACUCGGGACUGAACUAUCGGAAGUCUCCUCCAGGAAUUGGACCACACGAUCAUGAUCAAGAAAAUGGUAUCACUCCACCACACUCUAACCGAUCUAGAUCACUCAACGAAGAAGGAUUGAUUCAAGAAACCAUGUCUGAAACGUCCAACCUAUUACAUCACCUUGAUCUUUCAAAUGGGGCACCCUCUAUUCCUAAUGGAAUCGCAAUGCACGAAGCGGCUGCGCUGAGAUCAAUCAUACGGAUCAGAAAAGGAACGAAUGAAAUGUAUCAAGAAUCUUGCUGCACUUGUGCGCGGCUGCUUGCGCUUAUAGGGAGGAGUGAACUGGGGAAUGGAUUGGGGAGUGGACCGCCUUCUUAUUUAGCUUCGAUAAUAGGUUGUGAUAGUAAUUCUUCCUCUUUUGGAUCGAGGAAGGAGAGUUUGAGUGGCGAUGAGAAAGAAAAUGGGGAUGGGAAUGGGGAAGAGAAUGGGGAAAUGAAAGAAGAGGGGACUCUUUCGGAAAAGACGGCAAUGUAUACAGAUGAUAGAGAGAAAGAUGGGCAGAGGAACCGAGAACGACUUUGUAAUGGCCAUCGUGAUCGAGAGACGGCGGAUUGGAGAUUCGAAUCAGGGGAUUUACAGAAGGAAAAAGAAGAUGGGAUUUGGAGAGAGGGGGCCGGGACGGAGCAUCGAAGAUUAUCGUGUUGCGAACGCAUUAUAUGCGGCGAGUGUAUAGAGGGCAACGGGAGAUUUAGGACUUACUGUCCUUUCUGUCAGGUGCGAAGUGGAGGAAUAUUAGACGGAGUUACGACAUUAGAUUCCACCAGAUCUGCAUCGAUAGCGCGAGAUGGACAUGAAUAUACAUACAAACCCCCAUCCUACGAAUCACUUCAUCAUCAUCCUCAUAUUUCCUCUCCUUCCUCUCCUCCGUAUCCUCAAAAACCACAAACACAACCACAACCACAACCACAACCAGAAGACCCCCUCCACUACCUCAACCACGCCACCGAUUCCAUGACUUCCCUCUCCCUACGCUACAAUAUCCCCCUCGAUAUCUUGCGACGGAAAAAUGGGAUUACGAGCGAUCACCUGCUAUCGGCUAAGAAAACGGUUCGUAUACCCCGGGAAUGGUGUAACACAAGUGUGAGUUUGAGUCCGGGGCCCGUGGAGGGGGAGGAGGAGCUGAGGAGGAAGGGCUGUGUAAGGAGGUUUAUGGUGGGGUGUAAGGUUGCUGAAUACGACAUCGCAGUCCUUUAUCUCGAACAGGCGAAUUAUGAUCUAGAGCUCGCGAUGGGAGUAUACAAAGAUGAUGAGAGAUGGGAGAGGGAUAAUCCUAUACUGGAUAAAGGUAAGGGCAAAGGGAAGACAAAAGUUGAUGUUGGGAGAAGAAGAUUCACCGGGCAGAGAUCAUGA